CGCCACGCGCACCUCCUCGACCUCGGAGUUCGGACCCGGGUUUUGUGACUGCGUGCUCCGGAAGGAGUGAACGUCGCGAUUCCUGAAACGAACGAUGCGCGCGACGACGAGAGAUAUCCCUUGCUGCGUGCGUUCGCUACGUCGCGCCGAUUAAUCGCCCGGGUUCCGCGGUCGAGUUCCGCGAAGCGCCAGCUAGACCGAGUGCCAUAUAUAUAUUUAUCGCUGCCAGUGGACGCGCGGUCGGAUGCUGUUUGCGUGUUCCUCGCUUCGCAGCUUCACCUUCGCGCGGUGGCCCCGUCGCGGGACGGAGAGCAAUGACUUCCUCGAGGGGCGACAACGGUGACGUUCGUCGCACGUUCGAUCCCGAGCUGAGCCUGAUCGGCGGCUGCACGAGAGACUGGUGUCCCGCGAGGUAAUGACAUUUACGCAUUGUUAAUUGUUUUCCCGUGGAGGUGCGAAACGCGACACUGCUAGUGCUCUCGGUGGCAUGUCAGUUGGGACGUAGCGUUUGACAUUCGGUUUCUCAGCGGGGUUGUUCUACGAGAGAAGGAGUACGAGGGUAGUGCCCCGGUCGCGCGUAGUCAGGCGAGUGGAGUACGAAACAACAUGCCUUCUGUUUGCGGCGACAUGAUCGACACAGCUGCUGCCUCGCAAUCGGGCAAUAUGGAAGGCAUCUCCAGUACGGAUAGCGUGGGAACGCAGAGUGACAUAUCGGGACACACGACGGUGCCAGGGAGGCCCAGAAUGGACGUGGCCUGCGUCUUGGAUUUGCAACAAUCGGAACAUCUCGCUCAACGAAAGAAAGCGCUAGACGAAGUUAGACAGGCCUGCAAUUUGGUCAAUGCCAACAUACAUCAUAUACAGUUUGAGAAACUCGAUUUUGGCGAAACUAACGUACUGGACACAUUCUAUAACGCUGAUGUGGCGAUUGUGGAUCUAAGUAUACAGUUGCAACAAUCUGCGCUGUUUUAUCAUCUCGGUAUCAGGGAGAGUUUCGGAAUGAAGGAAAAUAUUUUGCUGUACAAUGACAUAGACACGGAAGCUACAAUUAGACUUAAGUUGUCCUGUGGCAGCUACACAUUUGUUUCGUAUCGCGUUGUGGAAUCGUGCGGAUCAUGUGUAGCUACUAAUCCAGCAACCAGCAGAAUCACGGGUGAAGAAACAAUAGAUCCAAAACAGCACCUCACUUUGAAACUCAAGAAAUUGUUUCAGGAUGUGGAAAUACAAUCCAAAGCACAUAUGAAGGAGAAAUUUCUGGCAGAUCUGCGCAAAGCGCGUGAGACAUACUCUGGAGAAGAACUGUCCAGAGCUCUGAAUAACAUGCGCAAGCGUUUAGAUGAUCCAAACGUACUGUCGGGAGAAGUUGUAUUAAACGUCCUCAUUUCAUUCCGGGAAAUACAGGAUUACGAUGCAAUGGUGCAACUGGUUGACGAUUUGAGAACUAUACCGACUCACAAGAAUUAUAUAAAUACUCCAGCUAUAAGAUAUUUAUACGCGUUUGCUUUAAAUCGGCGAAACAAAGAGGGCGAUCGGGAAAGAGCGUUAAAGGUUAUCGAGAAAGCGCUUGAAAAAAAGGAAAAUCAUGUUCCUGAUAUGUUGUGUUUAUGCGGGAGAAUAUAUAAAGACAUAUUUGUCGAAAGCAGACAUACAGAUCAGGAGAGUUUAAAGAAUGCGAUCCACUGGUACAGAAAAGGUUUUGAGGUUCAGCCUAACGAAUACGCCGGUAUAAAUCUUGCUACUUUAUUGGUCAUAGCUGGAAAUGAGUUCUCUAAAAGUGAGGAAUUACAGCACAUAGGAAUGGUGUUGAAUAACUUAAUCGGCAAGAAGGGCAGUUUACCGAGCUUGAAGGAUUAUUGGGACGUAGCAACAUUUUUUGAAAUUAGCGUAUUAGCGGAAGAUUAUUCGAAAGCCAUACAAGCAGCUGAGUGUAUGUUUAAAUUGAAGCCACCGAAUUGGUAUCUGAAAUCGACAAUUGGCAACAUAUCACUGAUAGAUAGGUUCCGUAAAAAAAAUGAGGAAGCUGAAGUUGCACCGGAGGAACAAAUAUUUAGUUUCUGGAUGGACUACUUUGUUGAAGCUACAAAGCCGGAGGUUGGCGAUAGUAUACGGUUUCCAAUUUUAGUGCUGGAACCGACCAAGAUUUUGAUGCCGAGUUAUGUAAACGUGAAUCUCGGCGCGGAGGAGAAGUCCAUACAAAUAUGGAAUUUGUGUCUGGAUAAUAUGAGGAACAAUUGCAAGCAAGUACACGAUUGGUUGUUCACUGCAAACAUGAUACGCAGCGUAAGCCUGUAUAAGAGGGACGAGAGAUGUCUUUUUCUGUACGUUCAUCAAAACUCGGAUGACUUUCAAAUGUACCUACCGUCAGUGCAAUGUAGGCAAAGAUUUUACGACUUGAUCUUAGAAAUGACUAGAGAUCAAGAGGGCAUGGUUACGGAUUUGGAUGCUUACAUGACCGAUGAUCGCAUGAAGUUCGAGUAUGAAUUGGACGAUCAAAAUAAGCGCAUAAUUCUCGGUAAAGGUACAUACGGCGUGGUGUAUGCAGCGCGCGAUUUAAACACGCAAGUCAGGAUUGCGGUGAAAGAAAUUCGUGAACGGAAUUUGGGUGACGUACAGCCUCUUCAUGAAGAGAUCAAAUUACACAAUCAGUUGAGGCACAGAAAUAUCGUCCAAUAUUUGGGCUCAGUGAGCGAGGAUGGAUAUUUCAAAAUCUUUAUGGAGCAAGUUCCUGGAGGAAGUUUAUCAGCGUUGCUGAGAUCGAAAUGGGGUCCUUUGAAAGAGAACGAGUCGACCAUCUCAUAUUAUACUAAACAGAUGUUGGAGGGCCUUAAAUAUCUUCAUGACCAAAAAAUAGUUCAUAGAGAUAUAAAAGGUGAUAACGUAUUGGUAAAUACAUACAGUGGAGUCGUAAAGAUUUCUGAUUUCGGUAUGUCUAAACGUUUGGCCGGCUUGUGCCCGAGUACAGAAACAUUUACUGGAACGUUACAGUACAUGGCGCCAGAAGUUAUUGACAAGGGUCAACGUGGUUAUGGUGCGCCUGCGGAUAUUUGGUCUUUAGGUUGCACGAUAGUUGAGAUGGCCACCGGAAAGCCUCCAUUCAUUGAACUGGGUUCUCCACAAGCAGCUGUUUUCAAAGUGGGAUAUUACAAGAUACAUCCUGAGAUACCGUCAGAGUUAUCCGAGAGAGCAAAAGGUUUUAUACUACGUUGUUUUGAGCCGAACCCUGAUAUAAGAGCAACCGCGGCAGAGCUGCUGGAGGACCCAUUUCUUAAUGAGAAAAAGAAGAGCAGCAGAUUAGUCGCACCGCCAGAUUUCAGUAGAAGUAUAUCGGUUCCUGCAGACAGAUUGGAACGUUUGGGGAAAUGCGAUAAAACAAAUAAUAAUCAUAUUGUCUCUGCCACACCUAUAAUGUCUCAAUCGGAUGAUAGUGGAGGGUUAACGAAGUCAAGUCCAUUGAGGGAACGCAGUCCGGCCCACCUAUUGUCCCCCAUCAGCAUGCCUACUUCAACCCUCUCUUUUAACAGUACAAUCGGGAAUACUCCAUCGAUAGAAACUAGUGAAACUGAUACAGCUGGCGCCUCAAUAACUAGAAGAAGUUCGUCUGGUGGACUGUUAUCGCCAGAAGUUGAAUUAGGGGGGCAACCAGGACAAAAAUCUGGAGAGGAGCAAGAGGGCUUUUAUCUGUUAAAGAAAGAUAGCCAACGACGUAUGACAUUAACGAGGGUUCUCAACCAAGAUGAGGCAAAGAUUUGCGAGGUUUGGAUGAGAGGUAUACAUCAGGCGGAGGGGCAAACGAUGUUGCAAAUGAGUCACUUGGUGUUGCUCAUGCGCGGCUUGAGGGAUUACAUCGCGGAGCAAAAUCAGGAAGUAAUAGUAACCGCCAUUCGAACGUUGAAAGAGGAAUUGGAUUUCGAUUCGACCGCUAUUAAUCAUCUACAUUUGGCAAUUUAUUUAUUUCAAACGGCAGUAAACGAGGUCCUCAGAAUGCACAGUAUAAAGCCACACUGGAUGUUUGCUUUAGACAAUUUAGUGAGAAAUGCUGUUCAGGCUGCUAUCACCGUCUUAUCUCCCGAAUUGGGCGCCAACCUACUUGGACAAGAACGACAACCUGGUGGUCAAGGCCCCGAGGAAGGAUCAACGUCUGGGGUAUCGACAGUAAACUCUGUGAAAUCCCAAAAAACCGCUGAUUCCAUUGAUAAUAAGUAUUGGAAAGAAUAUAGAGAUCAAAUGGGAGCACUAAAAAUGGAAAAUAUGAGGCUACUGCAGGAAUUGAUAGAAAGCCAGAAAUCGUAUCAAACAUUGUUGCAACAAGCUCUCGAAGAGCAGAGAGCCCAAGUUAAUACGCUGACCCAUCUGUGUGAAAAUAUUAACAGAAGAUCAGUAAGACAAGAAUCAGGUUACAACUCUUGCAUUUUCGGAAAUAUAUCUCAACAAUCAGGGUCCUCACCGAUUACCGAUACGCACAGUACUACUUCACAUCCAGAUACGGCUCUUAUUGAUUGGUUACAGAAUCUUCAAAUAGAUGAGACAUCAAUCGAUAGGUUUCUAUAUGAGGAAUAUACACUGGAAGAUAUUUUGCGUCAUGUUACACGGGACGAUCUUCGCAGACUAAACUUAAGGGGAGGAAUUGAACUCGGGAUAUGGCAAGCCAUAUUGAGACAUCGGGAGAAUAACGGAAAUUAAAUUGCAAAAACUAAUACAAUUACAUAUAUUUUCUCAUCAUUUUUAGUGAUAAAGUGUCACUAAUAACUGGAGUUCAAAACAGAGUAAAAAUAUCUGUUUUGAUUAAGCUGCCAUAAGAUAAAAAUAAUAAUGAUCUAAAAUCUCAGCCGCACAUGCUGUAUUAUGCUAGAUAUAAAUCAAAUUUCCAUUCUAAAAAGAGAGUUUUCUCCGUGACACAAUCAACAAUGUUAUAAUGAUAUUAUUCGUUUAUUUCGUAGUUCCUAAUAUAGAUUGCUACUACUCUUUACAGAGCAAUUAUAUAACGAAUCCGUGUAUAAUGAUUUAUGUUAACAAAACGUAUUAUGUCCUAGUGUUUUUAUCACAGAUUUUAAUUACUUUGCCAAAGCUGAUAGCAGAAUGUGAGAAACCAGUAUUUGUAAACGGAAUGUAUUUCAUUACAUUUUCUUAUUAUAGGAAAUUUCGUAGCUUCGAUUUUUAAAUUCGGCAAAAUUUAAAUUUGUGAAAAUCAGGUCAAAUCUAAAAAAAUCGCCUUUAUAUUGAAUAGCUAAAUCUGAGAAAAUAAAAACAGCAACAAAAAAUUUGAUAGAGUUUAGGAAUAUGAAUAAUAUUUGAUAUUAUAUUUUAUUCUAAAAUUUAAUGGUGUUUUCCAUUAUAACAGAAUGCAAUAAUAACAGAUGCUUCCAAUGGUUGAUAAUAAAACUGAUAUAAUUUAUAUACAGAUUUAACAAAUUAUAAAUAGAUAUAUUCGUUAUUGAAUAAGCAAAUCUAUUGCCAUUAGAAAAUCUUGAUUCCAAACUGUAUUUUCAGAAAGUAAUAAUUUUUUGCAAUAACUGUUUAUUAUUACAGAUAUAAUAGAUAGUUUACAUAGCGUUUCAUCUAACAAAUCUUCCCAAUAUUUUCACGAAUGGGAACGCAAUUAUUUAUAGUGCCUUAUAAACUUAUUCUAGUACAAGAAAAGAUAUUUAUUAUAUAGAAUAAAUAUAUGUAGUCAUAUAUCAUUCACAUGGAAUAGUGUGAAAUAUUUACUGUGGAAAUCUUAGGUUUUUCAAAGGGCAAAAUUUUUAUUUGCAGAAAAUGCAAAUCUUCCCAGUAUCAAAAAUAUCAAUUGAAUGUUUUUGUGUCGAUAUUCGUCACGUAAAUAGAAUGCUUUUCAUAAUUUGUAAGAGUUUUACAUUGAUUCGUGCCUUCAGAAAAUUCAACUAAAUUCAGGUUUUCGUUCAAGUUUUGUAGAUACGGAUUUUUAUAUGACAGGAAAAUCUCGAUUUUUCUUCCAUGCAAUAUUGUAAAGAGAGAAAAUUGCCUGUGCUUUCUACAAUGCACACUAUAUUUUGUACAGUUAUAUUUUUUAACAUACAUGUACAUGUAAUAAAUAGUCGAGUUGAAUUUACGCAGGUAUCUAAUUUUAACAAACCAUCGAGAGAGAUCGCUUUCUCUCGAAAUCCCGGUGCCUUAUUGUUCCAAAAAUACAUUGUACAAGCUGGACUCAGCUUAAUUAUAUGCACACUGAUGUUGCAAUACAUGAUCUAAUGACUGACAAAAUUAAUGUUAAUGCGAUAUUUUUUGUGUAAUAUACUAAUAUAUUAAAAAUUGUAGAGCGAUAUUCGUUCUGGUGCUUGUUCUCAGGUGUUCUGACUCAAAUUAUUUCGCGCUCAAUUAUACGAGCAUUUAAUUGAAUAAAAUGUCGCAGCACAAUCGUGAGAAAUAAACUUCGAAACAAGCACCACAAUAAUAUUGUUAACUAUUACCGUUUUCACUUACAAAAUAGGAUUAAUUAUAAUUGUUGCUCGCAUGUGCGACCGUUUGUAAUAAAGGAAUGAAUAUAUA